GACGUUUUCUAAGAAGAAUUUCACAUCAGUAGUGGAGAUAUCUGUAUCCCUGCCUUAAGGAAGGCUGGUUGUUGAUGGUUGCUAUGCACCUCUUCCUGAGCAAUGGUUAUACUUUGUAUAGAUCUUAAAAAAGAAAAAGAGUACAUUCACAGUCAGCAAACAUCUACCCUGAGAGUCCUACUCAGUGAAGAAAGGAUGUUAUAAGAGAGGAAAGCUUUAGUGCAAAAAUAUAUAUUGGCAGCUCUCAAAACACCUGACCUCAAAAACCAUUCAUUCAUUCAAGAAAUAUACAUCCAUCAACCAUAAUACAUUUAGGAGGAUUUAGCAUCAAUAGGGUUCAAAUUUUAGAAAGUUCUAAUGUAAAAACAUUGUAAAUCUUCCAAAUGAUGUAAUAAUACUGGCUGGCUAACUACCUAAUCAUCAUCUUCAUCAUUAUUUAUCCAAAGACAUGGAACCUUUUAGUUUUGACCCUGUACCAAAAUGACAAUGUAAAAAAUAAAGUUCUGUUUAAAUUGACGAAUAUGUGCAUCAUUUUCUUACAUGUAGAAAAAUGAUUAGAAUUAUGUAGCAGUUUUCAGAUAUGUCCAUGGAGCAGCCUGUUGUUGACAUUUAAUUUUGAUCACCUCAGAACUCCUGAAGAGUACAAUGUUUUCUGGAUUGUAGAGGUGAGGAAAUAUUCCUCCUUCUCACCUAAUAGGAGAGAAAUGUUUCUGUUCUAGGGACGUCUUCAUAAGCCUUCCUCUAUCCAUCUGUAUAACCCACAAAUCAGAAAGUUGUACCAAAUGGCAAAUCAUUUUGCUAACCUCAAGAGUGGAAAGUACAUCAAGUAUUUAGUGGGUGAUGGUGUAAUCCAAAGGCCCACCCAGACCAUCACUAUGACCGAUGGUGACUAUGAUUAUCUGAUCAAACUCCUGGCCCUUGGAGAUUCGGGGGUGGGGAAGACGACAUUUCUUUAUCGCUACACAGACAAUAAAUUCAAUCCCAAGUUCAUCACGACAGUAGGGAUAGACUUUCGGGAAAAACGUGUGGUUUAUAACACGCAGGGACCAAAUGGGUCAACAGGGAAAGCAUUUAAGGUGCAUCUUCAGCUUUGGGACACAGCAGGACAAGAGCGAUUCCGGAGCCUUACCACUGCGUUUUUCAGAGACGCCAUGGGUUUCUUAUUAAUGUUUGACCUCACCAGUCAACAGAGCUUCUUAAAUGUCAGAAACUGGAUGAGCCAACUGCAAGCAAAUGCUUAUUGUGAAAAUCCAGAUAUAGUAUUAAUUGGCAACAAGGCAGACCUGCCAGACCAGAGAGAAGUCAACGAACGGCAAGCCCAGGACCUGGCUGACAAAUACAGCAUACCAUAUUUUGAAACAAGUGCAGCGACUGGCCAGAAUGUGGAAAAGGCUGUGGAAACCCUUCUGGACUUAAUAAUGAAACGAAUGGAACAGUGUGUAGAGAAGACCCAAGUCCCCGACACUGUCAGUGGUGGUAGUUCUGGGAAGCUGGAUGGGGACAAACCAGCAGAGAAGAAGUGUGCCUGCUAAACUUUACCCUAGGAACUGAUCAUCCAGAACCCCACGCAAGCAUCACUUCCAAAAAGAGUGACAAACCACACAAUUGCUGUUGAGUAGACCAUGCAUAAUGGCAUGUCUUUCUUUUUCUGCCAGAAAAUCUGUUUUAAGAAGUCAGAGUAGUCAACAGUGUUCAAAAGAGUUGACCAGUUGUCCCUGAGGCCCCUCCAAACAAGAUCAAAGAUUUUCCAUUGUCAUCAUACCAUCAUGGAUGCUCAAUUUGUUUUCCUUAUAAAGAAGAUGAGUAUAUAAGAGAGUAUACAAGAAGAAAUAUCAGGGAGUUUUCAAUCAGAACCAAAGGUACCUUGUCACGUUGGGGACAAGAAUAAGCUUCUAAAGGGGUAACAUAGAAAGAUGACUUUUUUAAACGGUUGGAUUUACUUCUUGUAUAGAAUCUGAUUUGUACUUUUAUAGGUUUGCAUUGGGGGAAACAUAUUAGCUAAAAAUGCAUAUACACAAAAAAGAAUUCUAAGUGGUUCUUUAAGAGUGACAUUACUAUGUACAUCCUAUAAGCUGUGCUAGAAUGACUACCUUAUGAGAGGAUGAAUGUCAGACUUCUGAGAAAAUGUAGGAGACUGUGUAAUAAUGCCAUCUGUAUAUUCUUAAUAAGUGGCAGAUAGACAAGAAUAGGACUGUGAAUGACAGAGGACAAGAGAAAUGCCCAGGGAGAAAAAUGAAGGUAUGGGAACAUGGCAUUUAGGCAACUGAAAUUAAAUGUAUCUGUUACAGAUGUCUGGGAGAGAUACUUAGCCAAAUUUCACUCAUGCCAAUUAGAAGCUGGCAUUAUCAGUUGGGAUUAAGAGAGUCUCCAGAGGUUUGCAUUUCCAACAAAAUUUUAGAAAUUGGUGUAGUGUUCAGCUUCACAUUCCAUAUUUCUUAGCAAUCAUGAUAAAAAGUCACAAAGAGAAAUGAAAGAUUGCUGUUUAUUUACUAUCUUUUUAUGUACUCAAGAAAAACUAUUUAGCCUUAAUUUUUUGAGAUAAAAUAUGUUGG